AUGAGAAUUCAGGAAAGGGCACCAGGAACACAUAAAGAGCGUAAGUUGGCAGUUGUGCCCAAUGAUAGAAGCCAUGUUAGGCACGCUUCGCAGAGGACACGUUCUAAAAACUACAAGAAUAUCUCCAAGAAAAGGGCUCAACAACAUGCGUUUGGAUUUAAUAUUGCUAAAAUGAUUGCGAGGAUCCAGGCUCGUGUAUGGGGAUCCUCCGCCAAAGAGAAAAAGGAAAGUAUCAUCACAUUGUCGGAAACUUCUCAGGAUUGUGUGCCUUUACAAUGGCAAGCAAAAUUUGCGCAGUUGCAGCAGCAACUGCACACCACACAAAAGGAAUUACAAUUCGUCAAGGAGAAGUGCCACCUGUUGCAAUCCGUACUGGACGACGCAAACAUUGAUCAAAGAUAUCUCGAAUCUCGCAGGGACAUGAAAAAUAUUGAACGAGAAAAUCUUAAACCCACAGAAAAUUUACCCCCUUCACCAAUAAGAGCUGUAAACCCAUUGGUGACUUCGAGUCCAAUUCAUAUGUCUCCACUCCAGUCGCGCCAACGACCAUUCUCUGCUCUACAGCCCCCCAAGGGCCCCAACUUCUACGCUAAGUAUCCGAAGCUUCCCCAGACAAACAUUCUUAGAGAAUCUCCAGCUGAAGAUUCCCACCCUCACGCUGAAUAG